GUUCUGUAAUGAAGAAAUCUCGAGAAAGUGGUUUCUUGUUCUGUGGUUUGUGUGGCAAUAUGCUGGUCUUGAAAUCAACCAAGUGUGCAGAAUGUCCACUUUGCAAAACAACGAGAAAUGCUAAAGAUAUCAUUGACAAGAACAUAGCUUACACAGUUUCUAGUAUGUUUUUUGCUGCAUCACAGAAUCUGUAUGUUAUUCGUAAGCUGUGUUGUGUAAAUUUGGUUUCUGUUUCACAGAGUUGUGAUGAUCUCUAUGCUCUUGGUUUGUCUUAG